GAAAGAUUUGAACAGAAGCGAUUCAGUACUAAAGAUAGUUUCCAAACGUCUGUAACAAGAAAACCUCCUAAAACACAAUGAAAUUUCUGGUGAUCGUUUUUGUGGCUCUGUUCGCUUUGGCCAACUGCCUGCCUCAGUUUGGUGGAUUCGGCGGAGGCUUUGGCGGUGAACAGCAGCAGCAACAGCAACAGCAGGGUGCUGGCUUUGGCGGCGGCUUCGGCGGAUUCGGUGGCGAGCAGCAGCAACAGCAGCAGCAGGAGAGUUCAGCCUUCGGCGGAGGAUUCGGUGGCGGUUUUGGGGGACAGCAGCAGCAACAGGAGCAGCAGGAAGGUGGCUUUGGCGGCUUCGGUGGAGGAUUCGGUGGUGAGCAGCAGCAACAACAGCAGCAGCAGGAAUCAAUCUUCUAAGUAUUU